GCAAAAGUUUUAUCUUAAUCGUGUUUGCUGUUGUGCCGGAGUGAGUUCAUGUGUUCUUUUUAUGUUUUUAGUGUUAUUAUGCUGUUUAAAUAAGUUCCAAACAUGUAUUUAAUGUUUAGUUUGUGCUAUCGUGUGUGUUGCGGAAUUUCGACGAUGCUCAAAAAUGGCCUGGAUUGGAUGGUAGAAUCUAAGGUGAUCGUAUGAUGACUGCUAGUCCGGCCCAAGUGCACCCCAUGCCGGAGUUCCGUGAUCCUGACCACUACCGUAGCCCUGCAGGCCUUGUAGAAGGCAGUCAUGAGAUCGUCAGACCAAAACCUAGAAGACCUGGUGGUGCGGGAGGAGGAUCCCGGGAGUUGGUCGCCUACAAGACCUCAGAAACUCCUCCCAGGUUGAGUGGAAGCAGUCAUUCCCUGCCUCAGCAAGUGUCCCCCAAGGAACAGCCAACCCCUGUAGCUGCCCAGUCUACACCCGCUCCAAGGGCCACACCACCCAAACCACCCGCACCCUCACCCGACCCCCCACCACCUGUGCAGGACAAGCAUCCUCCCCCCAGACAGCUAGGUGGCUGCUCAGGCAAGAAUGUGCUGGGAACAUUACCACACCACCACCUCAGUGUGGACGAGCUACGACUACUGCAGAGACAUGACUACAACGGCAGUUCGUCGGAUGACAACAGGUCGUCAGGUCAUGCCAGUAUGUCUGACGGCCACACUAGCAGCUCACCACCUGUGGACAGACAUCACCACUACAGGUCUCCGCUCAACUCGGUACCUGAAGAUGAGAGGUUGUCUGCAAGUGUGAUGCCCAACCAGAGUCGGCCGACACGCAAGAACUUGCAAAGCCGCAGCCGACACAGGGCCACUCCAGCCAAACUGGUGCCAUGUGGGUCGGGCAUAGAAGACAUCAAGUUGGCCAUACAACAGCUGACAAUGCGUUCACACACUUCCACCUCCACGUACAGCAGUCUCAGCGGCAGUGAGAGUGGGGAGCCCGUGGUGAGAAGACUCAUGCGUCACUCCAGUCUGGAGACAAUUAACACCAACGUCACUAGCGCAGACGAGUUUGUCUGGGUCGACUCUCACAACAGGCUGGUGGAGCUGCAGCACCUCCCCUGGUCCAACCACGACGUGCUGAAGGUGAUACAGAACGGCCGGGUGAAGGAGGCGAUGGAGCGAGUAGCAAUGGAAACGGUGCCGCGGUUGUCAUACCUGCUGCAGCGAGCAUUGGUCCGUAUCGCGCGAGAGGCCCAGCGGCUCAGCAAGUGUGUGGGGAUGUGCGGCAAACAACAAGUAGCCAGUGCUCUCCGGAUCAUACUGUGUCCCGUCCUCACCGAUUCUUGUAUCAAGGCAUGUCUGAGGUCGGCAGCCAUGUUUGCUGUGUCAGGUGAUCAGUUGCGCCAGAGCAAGUCUGCGCGUGCAGGACUACAACUCUCCGUCGGCCGCUUUCAUCGCUGGAUGAUUGAUGUCAGGCUGGGUAAAUUUGUGCAUGAGUACGCAGCAGUAUAUCUAGCUGCAGGUUUGGAGAACUUGUUGGAAGAGAUCAUUCUGCAGUGCCUACCAUCCAAGCCUGACACUGUGUUGACAGCCAGCAUGUUUGAACACUCCAUAGCCAACAACGGAGACCUGUGGGGACUGUUGCAACCCUACGCUCACCUCAACACCGGCCGCACCGCAGCUGGUACGUUGGCAUUGCCCCGGUGGGCCUCUGUGUCCAGUGUGAUGACUGACUCCACAGUGCAGAGCAGUCAGACCCAGGACCAGUCACUGCUCACUACAUGUGUCGGCUCAGUCACUGAGCUGAGCGAGCUGCUCGCUCGCACCACCAGCUCGCUACCUCUCAACACUCGACACAUGACGUGGUCUAACCAGGCCAUCCAGGCGCUCUUCUACUUUAUGCGCUGCUCCCAGUUGGAACACUCUGGCCCUGUACAAGAACUGGUGUAUGAGAGAGCCUACGUGGUGUUGCCGCCUCUGGUGGAGUGGAUACGUACUACGACGGCUCACACCGAGUACAGGCACGCCACUGUCAUAGACCAGGACGAUGUGAUGCAAGCAGCGCGGCUACUGCUGCCCGGUGUGGACUGUCCGAUAAGACAGCCUGGGUGUGAUGAAAGUGUGUGUAGUCGGAGGCCAGGCGAGGAGGCAGAUUCUGUACGGAGACUGAAAGUGUCCGUAGCGUUCCGCAUGUUGAGCUCUGGAAACCGAGACAUAGUGCCGCACGCUCUUCAGCUCCUACCCAGCACUAAGUUGAACACGCUGUGUGACAGUGGGCUGACACCACUGAUGUUGGCAGUGUUGUCUAACGAUGAGACCACAGUCAGAUGUCUGCUGGAGUUUGGCUGUGACCCGGACGUGGAGACUCCACCCCAGGGCUCUCCGGGUUGCCCCACAGUACAGGCGGAGACACAACACUGGACGGCGCUGACUUACGCGGCGCUGGUAGGCAACGUGACCAUCGCUAAGCUGCUGCUAGACCGCGGGGCUCACGUAGAGGGUGGCGCAAGACUGAGCGAGGAACGGUGCACGAUCACACCCUUGCAGGUGGCGUCUAGUUAUGACAACCUAGAGAUGGUAUCACUAUUGUUGUCUCAUGGGGCCCAUCCCUUCCUCUCUACUCUGCUCAAAGACUCUCUUUGCUACUCCGGCUCAGCACAGAGAGGCUGUUAUAGUGCCAUAGCCGUGGCUGCAGCCCAUGGACAGAGAGCUGUACUACACAAGCUGCUGUCUCACCCUCUGUCUCCCAACACCAAGGAAGUGCUGUCACUGGAGGAGAUACUGGCAGAGGGAGCUAACCAGCUGACUGCUGACCGUCGCCCCGGCAACCGCCUCAGAGAGUCGGGCAGUGAAGGCCAGGCACAACAGCAAUUGCUCAAGUUGUCCAAACCACAGAUCAAAUGUUUACAAGAGGCAAUGUACCACAGCACAGAAAACAACCAUCUAGAAAUCACAUUGUACAUACGUAACCUGGGCAUCGCGUGGACGUUGCACUGCUGGAUGUACACCUUGCAGACGGCUCAUGACCAUCAUCUGGAGAACAUGAUAGAUCAGCUGCUACAAGACUUCCUGCAGGUGUGGCCGGACGACUGUUCCACACAGUUUGUAGACGAGUGUCUGCCUCUGCUGUUCAACAUCUUCCGUUACAGCAAGAACGAGGGUACCACGCUUCUACUGGCAGACAUAUUCUCCACUUGCUUUGGUUGGGAACCGAUCAAACGUAUCCGAGACUCUACACUGAGUGGAGGCGCUCGCAUCGACCCCAAGUUUGUCAACAAUGCUGAACUCAGUGACGUCCAGUUCAGGGUCGAAGGUCGAGUGUUCUACGGACACAAGAUUGUUUUAGUCACUUCAUCACCGAGGUUCCGAGGAAUGUUAAGCUCCAAACUGUGCGAAGGCAACCCACCUAUUGUCCAAAUCAAUGACAUACGCUACCAUAUAUUUCAGCUGGUGAUGCAGUAUCUGUACAAUGGUGGCUGUGACACUCUUGAGGUUGAUCACAACGAUGUGUUGGAGCUGAUGGCUGCGGCCAACUUCUUCCAGCUGGACGGUCUGCUGCGCUUCUGUGAGGCUCAAUGCUCCGACAUGGUCGAUUUGGACAACAUCGUCUCCAUGUACAUUCAUGCCAAGGUGUACAACGCAUCCCAGCUGAUGGAAUACUGCCAGGGGUUCUUGCUGCAGAAUAUGGUUGCACUGUUGACUUAUGAUGACUCUGUCAAGAGGCUGUUGUUCGGCAAGAAGCUGCACAACCACGACGUGUUGGCAGGACUGCUUCUCACACUGCAGGCUAGGAUCAAGGCGAGAAACAAUACUACUCGUCCUCAGCCCAAGCCUAAGUAGUUUGUGUGAUUAGGCCAGGAACAGACACCAUCUAUGUAAAACUGUAAACUUCAAACACACCUUAACAAGUAUAUGCAUUGCUAUUUGGAGAACUUAACAUUAACGUCACACUGAGCUGAUAUUCUAAUUUAACCCCUUAUGGUGCUAGGCAAUAAAGUUAAAAAAAGUGUGAACUCUCUGAAGUUGAAUUUGUUCAAGGAAAAGCUCUACGCCAGGAUUGUGAUUUUUAGAACAAAGGAAUUUCAGCUAGCUUACCUUAGAUUUCCUUAGAUUACCUUAGACAUAUUUGUAAUCUAGGUUUGCCAUAGAAUUUUGAAAACACAAAAUUAUACAAUUGUACCUUAUGUCCUCUGUAGGACGUUGUCAAAUGUAGACAAAGACAUAAAAUUAGCUGUUGCGAGUUUACAGCCAGCCACCAUUUUGUCCAUCUCUCCAUUUCUACAUGUCAAUAUACAACUCAGUCCUACAAAGUUCCCCAAUAAUAAAAUAUUGUACGUUUUCUGUGUGUUCUAUACACUUUAUGGUAUGAUAUCUGAUAUCCCUUUAUUAUAAAAAUAAUUUCCAUAUAGUUUGAGAUUAUUUCAGAUGUGAAUAUUGAAGUAGAUUAGAACUUACAUCAGUUCCUGGCCUAAUCAUAUGUUCAUGUGCCAAAAGUCAACUCUCACAUAGUUCCUUGUACAUCACCUCCCAUGACGUAGGAUCACCCUGUAUAUUGUUUGUCUGUUGUGUGCUUCGAGAAAAACAAUAAUCAGAAAAUACUUGCCAUAAACUGUGACAUUUUGUGUAACUUUAGUUAGUUUUUUCGACAGGUGUUAAGGAACACAACUAACAUUUAAUGAAGAUGGAAGAAAUCUAAUUUAAACAUUUAUUAUAUGCAGUAAAGUUUGUUUUAAAAUGUCCUUAAAAUAUGUCAAAAACCGUUCCCCUAAAAUAACCUAUAUUUUUUUCAAAUCAUUGAUACUGAAAUGAAUAAUUUUCCAAUUUCCAAACAUCAUUUUGUUAUUCUAAUGGUAAAUAUUGAUAUUAUAUUAUUUGUUCUGUUAAGUAUAUUUUAUACAUUUUUAAUGCUUGUUGAAGAAUAACAAAGCUUAGUCCAACACCCAGGGGCGGACUGGCCCGCCGGCCCACCGGCCAGUGGGCCGAUGCGCCUUCUCAACAUUCCAAUAUUUGCGCCCUCGUUAAAGGAAAAAUUCAUAAAAAAAUUUAAAAAAAUGAGACGAGAUGUAUUUUUUAGAAAGCAAGAGGAAAAACUUAGAGUAAAAGUUUCAGCAGUGAAUAGCAAAACAUAAAGUCGGGUGUGAGACCUGAAUAGACACUGUCGACAAGCAAGAGCAAAGCAGCUCUUCUCUCUCGUACGUGUAGGCCUACUCCGAGUGGAAGGCACUUACUUUACUCUGUGGUCUGAGCUACUUAAAAACAGCUGUCCUCUUCCCGCGUUAUUUUACGCCCAACCCGAAAAAACUGCACUGCGACCACGAGUACUAGAAAAAUACCGGUAUGGAUCAUAAACAUAAACGAAUGACGUUUUUGGUCCGAAAAUAAACAUUAUUUAACAUUGCUUAAAUGGAACUGCCAAAUCAUAUGUUCAAUGCUCAGUAUAGGAUUCGGGCCAACGACAUCAUUUGUUUAUGUUUGUGAUCCAUACCGGUAUUUUUCUAGUAUUCGUGACUGCGACUGCAUCAGACAUCGGUCGGUGUCACGAUGUCGUCUGGUCUGUGGUAAACAACUAGUGAAGAUAAUUUAAUAUUAUUCAUAUUUGUUAUAAUAUUUAAUUAUUGCUCACACUAUAACUAUUUCACUUUAAGUCACAUUUAAUUUUUAUCAAUAUCAACUCAACUCUCUUGUAAAAUGGCGUUUGCCGUGCAUGUAAUAAAUAAAUAAAUAGUAUGAGCUGCCAGUGCCAAUUAAAAUGUGACUCUCUUUAGUGAGUGUCUAAUUUGUGUCUCUGUGUCGAAAGCUUCAAUUUAUUUUUAUAUUCUUUACCUACACAGGAAACAUGAACGAAAGCAGUAUUGUAGAAUCACUACUUUUAGAAAAUUUAAAUAGAUUUAGUGACAGUGUAUUUGUUAACUUAACCAUUACACAGUAAAGGUUAAACAGUAAACAGUAUUUUAAUAUGUGGCUACAGCCUAUUAAUUAAUUAUUUCAAUAUGCACUAUGGCACUAAUUUUACCUUCUACCCAGACUAAAAUACCUUCGUAGUUCUCUCUAGGCUAUUUCGUUUGUAGAAAUAGGUUAGGUAGGCCUACUUUAGGGUUACAGUUUUGACUUAAUGUAAUGCUAAAAAGUUGGUUUUGUUCACAGUGAAAGCGUAUUGUUUGUGUUACAAUAAUUUCAUAGAAAUCUAAAAUAUAUAACUUCUGCUAUUUACAGUGCCAAAAAAUACAACAGUUGCAAGUUCAGGCUGUAAACAGGAAGCAAAUGAUUAUUUAUAUUGUAUGCAUGCAGCCAAGCCAUGCAAGGGAAAACAAAGAAAAUACACAAAUAUAAUACAAAAGAACCUAAGAAAAUCAUUUGUAUUUUUAUUUUUGUUAGGAUAUUUACUGUCAGAAUAGCACCAAGUCGUGUGGGUAAAUAGUCUAAAUUUGGUAAACCAAACAUUAAUCAAUAGUGUCAGUUAUCAGAUUUCUGAUUUUCCACUGUUAAUGCCUCUAGAUUGCGUAAAAAUGUGAGUUUACAGGUAUAAUUUUUAAAAAAUGUCCCGUUCCAUACCCCCCAGACCCCCCGGUUGGCGCCUUCGGGCUGGUCAAGGUUUACGCCCUAAUAGAGUACCCAGUCCGCCCCUGCCAACACCUUGAUAUAAAAUUGGUCGUAAUUGUUUAGAAUUACAGUGUUAAGUUAAGACAUAUACGUUAUUUUUUAAACAUUUACCCUGAUAGCUUAAAUUUAUAUUUUUAAAUAACAUCACCUCAAAGUGAUAAAUAAGUGGUUUCUGUAAAGUAAAAAAAACAACUGUUGACAUAAUUGCUAUAUGCUUGCCAUAUUGUGCUCAUAAUGUAGUGUAUAAGAACAGAAUAUUAUUGAUAUUAUUUGUAGUUUAGAAAGUGUAUAGGUUUUUUUUACUACAACUAUACAAAUAAGUUGUUGUUUUUUCUACAGUAUUUCACACUGGACGGUUACUACCAGUGUAGCUUGUGUAUGAUAAUAAUUUUGAUGUAUUAUUAACUCAUUUUUAGUGACAAAACAUGUCUUGGUUGUUGUAUUUAUUUGUAACACAUAGCUGUAUAAAAUUUAGGAACAAGUUUGUAAAUACGAAGGAAGAUGUACACUACAAUAAUAUAUAAGUAUGGUGCAUUAUAUUGUUAUUGUUUAUAUUGUUGGGAGUUGCAAGUGAACAUUCAGAUAGUUCAGAUUUAAAUAGACUAUUUUUUACUGACUUUGACUUGUACCCUUAACAUUUGCAAUUGCUCAUAACAGUGAAACAUGAACGACUUUCAAAAUAUUCUUGAUUGUCAACGCUCCAAAAUUAAAAUGUAUCCUAAAAAUAUAAUAACUCACAAGUCACACUCUACUUUUCCGAUUUGGGCACUUAACGAGCAGGUAUAACCUCGUUAGAUGUUUUUUUUAUCAUGGGUAGAAAAGUCUCUCAGAAAUUAAACCUUCAAUAAUUACAACAAAUAACAUUUCAAUAUUAAGAGCAAUGUUUAGAAAACCUUUUAGUUUUUCCUUGUAACAAGUUUUGUUUUUGUAACUUCCAACAGUGUGCUAAUGAUUACAAACUUCUGCAUUUAUGCAAGCAUUUCUUUCCGUCUUUCAAUUUAUAUUCUCUUUUUGUAUGAGUUUAAGCUUAAUCGUUUCUUUAAUUACUAGGAUUGAUUGUAUUUAUCAGUAUUAUGGCUAUUGCUCUUUGCUCAGUACCGGUAAAACUAGUAUUUUUAUUGUGCAAUUUAUUUUAUUCUAUUUUAACAACUAAGACCUACUAGUAACUUGUACAUGUGUAGACUCAAAAACCUUAUUGUUUACAUCAAUUUUGGAUCAUAACAUUCUGACAAGAGUCAACAAAUGAACAAAACUAACUUAUCAUCUGUGAAGAUGUGAUGUAUAGACAAAUAAACGUUACUAUAUAAUUUAUAACUCUUGCAACAACCUUUUGUACAUGUAUAAACUUAUCUCUAACCGAUGGUUAUUUUAGGUUUGUUAAUUUUUUACUGAUUUAAAAAUACGAGAAUUCAGUUACAUACACCACUAGACUGUGUUCUGUUAGUCCAUUAGAGCAUAUAUUUAAUAUAUUAUGUGGCAUAUAAAUUAAUACUAUAGAGUCCUGCUAUUUUCAAUGUCCACCAAUUGUAAACCUAAGUUCGGAAAUUCUUUAAUAUUCUUGUUGAAGUUAGCAAUGUUAUCACAAUGUCACCGCUCAUGUAAAAGAAGCUGCCAAUAUCGCCACAAAGUUAUCAAAUUAGCUGAAAUUAGUGUUAUUGAUGUGCUGUUGCUGAAGUUAGUAAUAUGCCAAGAACGUUGAAGAUUUAAGCGAUGAUUUUGCAAACGUCAAAAAGUCCAUGUUGUUGCUAAGAAUGUUGUCGAUGUUGCCUGAAGUUUCCUAGAAUCAAACAACAAAAUUUGAAAUUUGAUGAUGUCCCAAACAACAACAAAACUAGUGAUAUCUACAUAGCUGGUGGCAAAUUCAGCGAUACCACCAAAAACGGCAAAGGUAGAAACAUAAUCGCGAACGUUAGCAAAAUUAGUUAUGUCUCGUGAACAAACACUAAAAUGACACAACCACAUUGUCAUUGUAUCCUGUGAUUGUGGCAUGGCCUUAAUCAUCCUGCAACAUCGUCACCAUCUCUUUUGAUUGCGGACAACAUGUUUUGCCAAUCGCAGAUAGACGGCAAUCCUUCAUUAUUAAAAACAUUGGUUUAUUCCAAAUUCCCGCUGCUCCUCUGUCCUUAAAUCCAAUUCAAACAUUCAUUAAAAUGACCUAACUUGUCCUGUUAAUACAAGUUUUUAUUGAUCCUGCAAAGUGAAAUUACAACCACCCUUGAAUUUGCAAACUCAUUUUCAAUCAACAUUUUUCUCUUCUAAAAUGUUGAAUUAAGAUACCUAUUUUUCUCUCUAGUUUAAUCUUGUGUUAAAUAUUGUCACAAAUUCACAGUACUUAAGGUUUUGCAUUUAAUACACAAACAAAUGUUCCUUUAUUUCUGUACAUGUAUACUGUGUUAUUAUCUAUUAUGUUGAUAACGUAUGUUUUAUAAUCUUUGUGAUUAAAAUUGUGAUUCCACUAUAUCAGUCAACAUCACAAAAUGAAUUUAAAUUGUCAAUAACUUUUCCAAUACUGUUUGGAACUCAAAUUGCAUUACCUUUUUAGUUGUGUCAUUUCAAAAGGAAAAUACACUGUUAACUUAGUUGAUUGUCCUUCACUUCAAUGGCAUUUUGUUUUGUUUAUAAUUUUACAAAGUUUAUUUAUUGUAUAAACAUCAUAUCACAGCAAUAUUUGUAAAUGUAAAUAGUUUGUACCAUAUCAGACCAUUAAUAUUGUUAUUCUUCUUUUCGGAAUUGGCUUUUUCUAUUAGGAUGUUAUCUGUUAAUUAUAAAUUGUUGCU